CACGUACGGGCAGCCGUGGAGGACACCGGGUAACGACAGGUACGGUUCCUAUUGUAUUAACUAUGAAGGAACUGAGGGAGUGGUUAUUUGCGCCAAGCCUCCUAACAUUGAGUUUCCAAAAUUCAAUGGGCAAGAGGAUGCAGGUCUUUGGUUGUAUGCAGCUGAGAGGUGGUUUAGAAACCAUCCGAUUCCGGAGGAGAGAAAGGCCUAUCUGGCGUCGUUUUAUUUGGGGGGUGAUGCACUCCAGUGGUAGGAGUGGAUGGAGAGACCGUAUGCAGUGGCCGAGACUUUGAUUACCUGGCCCAUGUUUCAAGAGGAGCUCCGUUACCAGUCCGGGAAGUCAGAAGGGUGGGCCCCUGAGCAGUUGGCCAAGCUGAAGCAGACCAGCACUGUGACCGAAUAUCGCACUGAGUUCUUCAAGCUGGGGAACCAGUGCAAGGGAGUUCCGAAGGACAUAUUGGUGGAGCUGUGCAUGGCGGGCCUCAAGCCUGAGAUAGCAGCAGCGGUCAGAGUGUUUGAGCCAGAUUCUUUGAAAGCUGCUUUUCGUCUUGAAGGUCAUAAAGAGGAGGAACUUGCCAGCUGGAGGAACUCCAUAGGCCGUUACCAUAAGUCAAGUGGAGGUGGAGGAAGCAGUGGGGGCGGUGGUAGCAGUGGAGGAACACCGGCAGGAAUUGCGGUGGGAGCUAACGCCGGAGGCGGGGACACGACGCAAGUGGCUAGGAUGGGCCGCGGGCCAUACCAAAAGUGUUCGUGCGACUGUCGCCAACCGAGAUUGAGCAGAAGAGGCGAGAGGGCAAGUGCUUCAAUUGUGAUGGCCGGUUCACCAUCGAUCAUCAAUGCCCGAAGCUGGAUCUGAUGAUGUUAGUCGGGCGCUGGGAAGAUGAAGCAGAAGAUGAGGCCGAGGACGCUGGAAAUGGCGAGGAGGAGACCCAGUGAGCUAGAGAAACAACCUUGGGGACAAUGUUGUUUUUCGAAGGAAGUGGGGAUGAUAGAAACUUGCAUUUUAGUACUUUAAUUAAUUGUCGGUUUAUUAUUAUUCGGAUUAUUGGGACUAUUCGGGAAUAAUUGAUAGAUCGGGUA